UACAUUUUUUUUUAGAUUUCUCAAAUCAAUUCUCUGUUUUAUCAAAUAAGAGAAUUAAUUCUCAUUUUCUACUCAAUUCCAUUUCUCUCCAAUUCUAUUAUCUGCUAUCAUUUCUCUGCAAUUCCAUUUUCUGUACCAAACAUCCCCUAAAAGAUGUCCAUUCAAAGCACCCGAAAAAUAGCAGAACGGAUUAUCACGUUUUUAAAAUAAAUAAAUAAAAGUGCAAUAACAAUCCUAAUGUCAAAAUGCGUCCAAAUUAUUGCCAAUUAAGCCACCACUUGAUACUUUUUGCUUAGCCAAAUUGGAUAUCAUGUCAAAGAACGAAAUAUAAAAACCAAAAGGCAGCAAAUUACCUGUCAUUAUUGCUCUUCAUUUUCAUCCUUUUCCGACCUUCUCCUCCGCCGCCGCAAUGGACCAACCGCCACCGCCGCCGCGGCAGUUUCCGGCCACUCCUCAGCCGCACAAGACCUACAAAAUGACAGCCACAUCAAUCUCAUACACAAAAAACACAAACAAAUUUAUCUUCAACCCCUGCAAUUCAUCCCCACCAAUUCAAAUUCUACAAGAUAUCUCCCUCACUGCCUAUCCUUCUCAAAUUCUCGCCGUUGUCGGCCCCAGCGGCGCCGGAAAGUCGAGCCUCCUUGACAUUCUGGCGGCACGGACUGCUCCGACGAGCGGCGCUCUGUUCAUCAAUUCCGAACGCCUCAAUCCGUCCGUAUUCUGGAAGCUUUCAGCGUACGUUCCGCAGCACGAUGCAUGCCUGCCGCUGCUCACGGUGGCGGAAACAUUCGCCUUCUCCGCAAAAUUGCUGAAUCCUAAAACCUCUGAUGUAUCCGCCAUUGUUGGAUCGCUCCUUGAUGAGCUUCGGCUGACGCAUUUGGCGGAGACUAGGCUUGCGCACGGCCUGUCCGGCGGCGAGCGCCGCCGUGUCUCGAUCGGGCUGAGCCUCCUCCACGACCCGGCGGUGCUCCUCCUCGACGAACCGACGUCGGGACUGGACAGUGGAUCCGCUUUGAAUGUGAUGCAGACGCUAAGAUCGAUAACUGAUUCACGACACAGAACUGUAAUCCUGUCGAUUCACCAGCCGAGCUUUAAGAUCCUUUCCACCAUAGAUCGAAUCCUUCUUCUAGCUAAAGGCGGCGUCGUUCACCACGGCACGUUGUCUUCUCUGCAGGAAUUUUUGCUCUCGAAUGGAUUCACAGUCCCUCCGCAGCUCAAUCCUCUCGAAUACGCCAUGGAAAUACUCAAUCAGCUCCAGAGUAUUACAUCAUCCACAAAUUCUCAACCGUCGCCGGAGAAUCCCGCCGUUUCGGGUUCCGACGGUAGAUUAAAAGACGUGAUUCCAUACAGAAGCUCCAGAUUCGACGAAAUAAUCACGCUGUACAGCAGAUUCUGGAAAAUCAUUUACAGAACGAGGCAGUUACUUUUAACAAACACCUUGCAGGCGCUCGGAGUAGGUUUGGUUUUGGGGACGAUCUACAUCAACAUUGGACUCGAUAAAUCAGGCAUUGAGAAGAGAUUAGGCCUAUUUGCAUUCACCCUAACCUUCCUCCUUUCCUCCACAACCGAAACCCUACCAAUUUUCCUAAACGAACGCCCAAUUCUGCUUCGAGAAACAUCGAGCGGCGUAUACAGGCUAUCAUCAUACCUAAUCGCGAAUACGCUAGUUUUCCUUCCCUAUCUGCUCGCAAUCGCCGUAAUCUACUCCGUCUCCGUCUACUUCCUCGUCGGUCUCUGCGGAACAUGGCAGGCAUUCGCCGCUUUCGUUCUAAUAAUCUGGAUAAUCCUCCUAACAGCGAACUCCUUCGUCCUGUUCCUCAGCUCAAUAGCGCCGAACUUCAUCGCCGGAACUUCGCUGGUCACCGUCCUCCUCGCCGGAUUCUUCCUCUUCUCCGGCUACUUCAUAUCGCGCGAUAGCCUACCAAAAUUCUGGCUCUUCAUGCACUACUUCUCCAUGUACAAAUACGCGCUGGACGCAUUGCUCAUCAACGAGUACUCCUGCCUCGUCCGUACGUGCCUGAUUUGGCUCGAUGAGAAGCGGACGGCGUGUAUGGUGAGCGGCGGCGAUGUUCUGCAGAAACGAGGACUCCAUGUGAGGCAGAGAUGGAUCAGCGUCUACAUUCUGGUCGGAUUCUUCGUGCUCUACCGGAUUCUGUGGUGGAUCGUGCUCAUCCGAAGGGUUUCUCGAUCGAAGAACUGAGAGAGAAAAUCGUUCGCCAUUAAUGAAGGUAUUUCCCUUUUUUUGUUUUUGAAAAAAUGCAUAUAAGAAUUAACGUGGCUGUUUUAUGUUCAAUUAUGCUGUGCUUGCCAACAUAAUUCUACUAUUUACUUUUCAGCCCUUUUAAGUUUAA